AUGGGCACUAAGAAGCUCGCCAUCUUUCUCCUGGUCCUCUCUCUUUGUCUAGAGGGAGGAUCAGCCAUAAAGAAAGGAACAAAGAAGGGAAAGAAAAAAGGGAAGCAGGUUUACUGUCCAUCACAGCUGUCACCUGAGGAUCUGGCCCGAGUCCCUGAAAAUUCAACCAGUAACAUCUUGAACAGGUUACUGCUCACCUAUGAUCCCAGAAUAAGGCCCAACUUCAAAGGAAUUCCCGUGGAAGACAGAGUGAACAUUUUCAUCAACAGUUUUGGCUCCAUUCAAGAAACGACGAUGGAUUACAGAGUCAACAUCUUCCUGCGGCAGCGGUGGAACGACCCCAGGCUAAAGCUACCGCAGGACUUCAAGUCUGAUUCUCUCACCGUUGAUCCAGGGAUGUUCAAAUGUCUCUGGAAACCUGACCUGUUCUUCGCUAAUGAGAAAAGUGCCAACUUUCACGACGUUACCCAGGAUAACAUUCUCCUCUUCAUUUUCCGUAACGGAGACGUCCUCAUCAGUAUGAGGUUGUCCGUCACCCUUUCCUGUCCUCUGGAUCUGACAUUGUUCCCUAUGGACACACAGAGGUGUAAGAUGCAACUUGAAAGCUUUGGCUACACAACAGACGACUUGCAGUUUAUGUGGCAGACAGGAGACCCAGUGCAAAUGGAGACCAUCGCUCUGCCACAGUUUGAUAUCAGACAAGAAGAUAUUGAUUAUGGAAACUGCACCAAAUUCUAUUCGGGAACAGGGUACUACACUUGUGUGGAGGUUAUCUUCACCCUACGGCGACAGGUUGGCUUCUACAUGAUGGGUGUUUACGCCCCCACGCUGCUCAUCGUGGUCCUCUCCUGGCUGUCCUUCUGGAUCAACCCUGACGCGAGUGCCGCCAGGGUGCCUUUGGGCAUCCUCUCGGUGCUCUCUCUGUCCUCCGAGUGCACCUCCCUGGCUUCGGAGCUGCCCAAAGUGUCCUACGUCAAGGCCAUCGACGUCUGGCUCAUUGCUUGCCUGCUGUUUGGUUUCGCCUCGCUGGUGGAGUACGCAGUGGUCCAAGUGAUGCUCAACAGCCCAAAGCGCAUCGAGGCCGAGAAAGCCAAGAUGGCAGCCAAGGAGAAGGCUUUGGGAAAGAGCCCCACUGCCAAGAACAACACGGUCAAUGGGACCGGGGGGACGCCGCUCCAUGUCAGCACCUUGCACGUGGCAGAGACUCGCUGUAAGAAGGUGUGCACGUCCAAAUCAGACCUACGGACCAACGACUUCAGCAUCGUGGGCUCGCUCCCGCGGGACUUUGAGCUGUCAAACUUCGACUGCUACGGUAAACCCAUCGAUAACGCCGGUGCUCACGGCAAAUCUCAGGCCAAGAACAACAAGAAGCCUCCUCCUCCCAAACCGGUCAUCCCCUCUGCUGCCAAAAGAGUCGACCUGUACGCCCGAGCCCUCUUCCCUUUCUCCUUCCUCUUCUUCAACGUGGUUUAUUGGUCCGUAUACUUGUGAUUGUUUUGAAAAUAUCUUGUAUUGUAAUACCCCCACUUUACCCCCCACAAGUUCUUUAUU